CAUUUCUUCAUUCCAUGGUGCCACGGUCCUUUCUUGAAUCAGCCCCAAUCCCUUUCCUCCUCUUGCCUGCUAGCUCUUGUCAAGCAAUCAAACUCUUCUUCUAGCCUCUGUGCACCUUACAGCUUUUGGCCAUGGCUUUGCCUCAUUACUUGCUAGCUGUUCCUGUUGAUACUUCAAAUCAUCCUAAAACUACAAUUCUCAACUCUUUUUCUUCCUUUCCUCCUACUGAUGCUGAGUCUGUGUCUUUAUCUUUCUCUUCGUUUUCUCUUGGGUCUAAGGCUCGAAAUCUCUCUAUCUUUCCCAGACUCCGAAGAAUCGGACAUAAAAGCUGCUGCUACUGCUGCUGCAUUGGCGAAGAAGAACAGUGCUGACAUUACUGUUGUAGUUACUGAUGAAAAUGUGAAAGAAUCAUUUCCAGAGCAUGAAACCCAAAUGUCUAGCAUUCGCUGGCAUCUCUCUGAAGGUGGAUUCCAGGAAUUCAAGUUGUUGGAGCGCCUUGGUGAAGGGAAUAAGCCCACAGCCAUCAUAGGCGAGAUUGCUGAUGACCUAAACUUAGAUUUGGUUGUAAUAAGCAUGGAGGCAAUUCAUUCCAAACAUGUGGAUGCUAACUUACUGGCAGAGUUCAUCCCCUGCGCUGUCUUACUUUUACCGUUGUAAAUUCCAGUAUGUUCCUAGGGGAAAACAGUAACCUAACCAUAUAGCUAUACAUUGAAAGAUCGAGUUUUCUCCUGGUGGACUUUUUAGUUUUGAUUCAGCUUGUUUAGCUUUUUAUUUGUUGGGCAAGUUUGAUCAGGGGAUUGUGGGUGGCCUAGGUUGACGAAAGCAGUGUUUCAGAUUAUUGUGAAAGUGUGAAUACUGAAUAGAGUGUUGGUGUGCAUGGGUGAGCUUAAUCAACCAAGGAAAGGGGCCAAGCCUACUUUUGGUGGUAGUGUUAUCAAUUUAUUGUUUCUUAGUCUAAGCUGAGGUUGGUUAUUUGCAACUCAUAUCUGGGAUAUGUUGUAUUUUCAGGUUUAAAAUACCCCCUGCUUUGCAGCCAGGCCCAAUGGAUUUCCAGGGGGAAAAUAUCAAGUGAAAAUAUAUUGGCUUAUUUAUAAUGGAGGAACAUUUGGGGAUGAUUUGUGUGUGAUUUUUACUGUCAAAAGUUUUCGCAAAUGAUUGUCAUUUUUUGGUAUAAUGUUUGAAUCAGCCCUAUGAUAACAUUAGCUUUUCAAUUGUCAUAAUCUUUAUCACACCUACGUAGGAGGAUAGAGAUGUUUUUACAAUCGAGUAGCUAUCCUAUUACAGACUGAAUGAAAUUAUUUAUAAUGAGGAUCAUGACAAGUGCAAAUUUAA